AGUGGUUUCAAAAGCUGGAGAGUUACAUCCAGGGGAACGUGAGGAUGGAGAUGUCAGACAGCCAUUUCAGUUCUGUACAGGACCACACGGCAGCCAUGUUGGAAAUCGGGACCAACCUCCUGAACCAAACUGCUGAGCAGACCCGGAAGCUCACUGAUGUAGAGAUACAGGUUCUCAACCAAACUUCACGCCUGGAAAUCCAAGUAUUGGAAAAUUCCCUGUCUACCAACAAGCUUGAGAAACAGCUGCUUCUGCAGACCCAUGAGAUCAGCAGACUCCAGGAGAGGAACAGCUUCCUAGAGAAGAAAGUCUUGGCUAUGGAAAGCAAACGUGAGGAGGAGCUGCAGGGCCUGAGGUAUGAGAAGAUGGAAAUGCAGAAGCUUCUCUCCAAGCAGGUGGAUCUUGUUGGUCAUCUGGAGCAACGCCUGGGUGCUGCCUUGCUCAACAACACAGCCCUCCAGAAACAACAAACAUCUUUGGCAGAGACAGUGAAGCAUCUGAUAGACUUGGUGUCCCACUGCAAUCACAUUUCUUUCACCCUGCCAGAUGAGCAGAAGGUCUUCAAGGACUGUGCAGCGGCGUACAAAUUGGGGUUCUCCACCAGUGGAGUCUACAACCUUCAGCUCCCCAAUACUACAGCCACUGUACAAGUGCUGUGUGACAUGGAGACCAGUGGAGGAGGCUGGACUGUUAUCCAACACCGGAAAGAUGGUUCUGUGGAUUUCCAACGCACCUGGAAGGAAUAUAAACAGGGCUUUGGGUCUCCACCUGGAGAGUACUGGUUGGGCAACGACUUCAUCCACUUGCUCACCACGGAGAACCGCUAUUCCCUCCAUAUCAAGCUCCAAGACUGGGAAAACAAUGAGGCUUAUUCUGUCUUCGAGCAUUUCCAAGUAGGCUCCGAGGAGCAGAACUACCGACUUUAUGCAAGGAGAUAUGGUGGCACCGCUGGACGCACCAGCAGCCUCAGUCCCUCGGGAACCGAUUUCAGCACCAAGGAUGCUGACAAUGAUCGAUGCGCGUGCAAGUGUGCUCAGAUGGCAAGUGGAGGGUGGUGGUUCGAUGCCUGUGGACCUUCUAACCUGAAUGGCAUCUAUUACCCUCCCAGUCCUGCCACGAUCAGAUACAAUGGCAUGAAAUGGCACUACUGGAAAGGCCCCAGCCAUAGCCUCAAGGCAAGCACCAUGAUGAUCCGUCCAGUGGAUUUCAGAGAGGAGCAAGGGGGGGUGCAGUGAGCUGUCCCGCGGCAGAGGGAGAGGUGACCCACUUCAGAAGGCUCAGCCCCACGGCCCCCCUUCAGGCCUGCACAGGUUUGGUGGAAGACCUCAAGUUCUAACAUCUGGAACUAAACCUCCUCUAAGUAGCUUUUUUUAAUCGGCAUGGCACACAGUUCAUUAUGGAAAUUUCACAGGACAUCUGGAUGGCGACGCCUUCUGUUGCUUUAAUGGGGGGGGGGAUUAGACCAAGGG